AUGCCAAGCAAGAAUUCACACUGUACUUCAACCAGACGUUGUGUGUAUCUUCGUGUUCUGUCGAUCGCUGCUGUUCUCUUGCUGCAUUCGGCGUUGUGUCAUGCUCAUGGCACAAAGCAUAGAGGUGAUGCUUACAUUGAGGCAUGUAUGUUUGAUGAUAACAAACACUUGGACGUGCAUGAUAUUGUGAUAGUUGGUGGUGGUGCAGCUGGUACGUUUGCCGCAUGGCGUUUACAACACGCUAAAGUUGCAUCCAAGAUUGUGCUGCUUGAGGCCACAAAUCGCAUCGGUGGUCGUUUGUAUUCACAACAAAUUCCUGGGAUUGAUUAUUAUGUGGCCGACCUUGGUGGUAUGCGAUAUCUUCCAGAUUUUCAACCUUACAUUAAAGCUCUAGUGAAGGAGUUGAAGUUGGAGACCAAAGUAUUUGAGAUGGAUAGCAACAAUGAAGAGAAACCGUGGUUUCUUCGAGGUCGGUUUUUUCAACAGAAGGACUUAGUGAGCGUUGGUAAUAGUGCUUAUGGACUUCGGGAUGAUGAGAAGUUGAUGAGUCCAAGAGACAUUGUUAGCUCGUGGUUUGAGACCUUGGUACCUAAAGGCGAGAGGUCAAAACCAUCUGAUCAGAUGACGACCAUAUUUGGAGAUCCUCUGAUCAACUACGGUCUCAUGAAUGGGUUUGAGCUUGUCAAUAUGAGCAGUGAAGCUUAUCAGUAUGUCAUUGACACUUUAGGUUUUGAUCCUUCAUACAGCAAUCCUAAUGCUGCUGCUAUGCUUUCUCACGUUCUUCCGAGGUCUGACAACUUGAAUAUCCUCACUCCUGUCAAGGGAAUGGAUGCAAUUCCGAAGCAAAUGGCAUCAGAAUUUACUGUUGAAGGUGGACGCAUUGAGAUGAAUACGACAGUUACUGAUAUAGUCAAAUGCAGUCUUUUGGAUGGUACUGUGUAUGUGCUGGGUGCGUACAAUUAUGUGACUGGACAAAAUACCUUUUAUGUUGCAAAGAAGGUGAUUCUAGCCCUAACAAAAUCUCAACUAAAACGCAUACGAUGGAAAGAUCUGGAGACACUAAAGCAGCACAGAUUACUUGAUGCUGUCUACGGGCGUACAGCUUCCAAGCUAAUUCUUGCAUUUGACCAGCCAUGGUGGCGACACCAAACUCUCUUGUAUCUCAAUCUAACGAAAGGACGUUCUGUAUCCACUCUUCCCACACGCCAAACAUUUUACUUUACACCCAAAACAUCCGAUGCCACAAAUCGAUCAUUUAUUAUGAUCUUUAAUGAUGGUUACUAUUCGAACAAUUGGAGUCCUCUAUCUUCAACAGACUUUAAACAGUUUGGAGGAUCAAUGUCUCCUGUGUUUCCUGUGAGUGAGGUGAUGCUGGAAGAGGCACUGAGACAGAUUGCUAUGAAUCAUGACACAACAGAUGCUGUGAUUGGUCGUCCAUACUUUGCGUCGUUCAUGAUGUGGAAUCAUGCACUAACGCCUGUAAAUGUUGUUGGAUAUGGACCAUACAUGCCGAGCGAAUCGUGGCAUACUUGGCUGCCAGGAUACAAUUUCACUACAGUAAGUGAAGCUGUCAUGCAGUUGGAUCCCAGGUGGGACGUCUAUGUAUGUGGAGAGGCAUAUGCUGUACAAUCGUGGACUGAAGGUGCCAUUGAGACUGCUGACCAGGUUUUGACUCGUUUUUUCAAGCUAUCAUCUUUUAUGAACAAAACAGAGAAGACGGAUCCAAACUCAAUGAGAUCGUCUGACAUUGCUCAAAGUAUACCUUUCUGGCCUUGAUCAAGGAUGAACAAAUUUGCAACAUUUCUAGUUAACUUUAAUUAAGUAGAAAUUAUGUGCGCAUGCGUGUAGGUGGAUGGUCUAUUCUGUGGUCUCUGGUUGAAACUACUAUUCAUCAGUUGAAAGUAGUAAAGCUGCUGGGAUUGACGGAAUUUUAAUAUCAAAUUUAAUUUAGUUAUUUAAAAAAAUUAUUUUAAAAAUUAGUUUUGUUGCUGCUCAUCUAUGCAGCAGACUUGGCCUUUUCUUGGCUUUUGGAACUUUCUUGUAGAAGAAGAAUUGAAGAAUUGACACAG